AUGGAAAUGCAAGGCACACCCAUUGGGUCGACAGACCAGGGCAUGAAGAACACAUCUGAUCCCGAACGCUACACAAACCCUACGAGUGAAGGCGCCGGUGCUAUUGCCUCAGACUCCCUAGCCGCAGAAUCAGCCAGCUCAGGCGGCAAGUUUGGCGAGAACCGUGACUCUAAUCCUUCCUCAGUGAAAGGGGACCAUUCCACCUUGAACAACACCGACACAUCGGGUGCCAAGGUCCUCGCACCUGCGUCCAACGCCGCAGAACGUGAAGAGCAUGAAGCAUUGGAGGAAACCCCGGACGAGGCGAAAGGAUCACAUGGAAAGAAGUAUCCCGAGGGUGCGGAUGGACAGUCAGAUAUCCCGGGCCAUAGCCUCGACGGGAAGCCUGCAUCGGGGUUGCGUGGAGUGACAGGCCCAAGCAGCUCAAUGGGCACUUCUGGCCAGAUGGCUGGCAGCGAAAACAAAUCAGGUCCAACCGAGAAUACGUUCAAGGGGGAGGGUGGUGCGGAUGUAGAUGCUGCGCCUGGUUAUGUGGCAAGUGUGGAGUCCGAAGCCAACAGGUCUGGCAAGCCAAAGGGGAAGAAUAUCACAGAGGGCGGAUUUGACGACGAUCCGAGCAAUAAUGCGAGUUUCACCUCUGAAAUUGGGUCCGAGAAUGAUCCAGGGAGAAAGGCCGAGGGCGAUAUGCAGAAAAUGGCUCAGAGUGCGAGUGGAGGAACAGGACCGAGGCAAGCGCCUGGAGAGAGCGAUAAUAGCCAGUACGAUGUAUUGGACACUGAUCAGUCUGCUUGA